AUGGAACUGGACAAGUGUGAGUUUGGUGAAGAGUGGAGCCGGUGUGAAGAAGUGCUAGGGUCAUGCCUGCAAACGGGUGGAUGCUUUCUCACAUUUGACGAACUUAGCAAUGUGCUGCUAAGCUCCGGGUUUGCUACAAGUGGAGACUCUCUAAACGAGGUACUAUCGGCUUUGCAAAUACAUCCAGAGAGAAGGUACACUGUGUAUGAUGUUGAAAGAGCAGCUAUUCUUUUGACCAAUAAACCUCAGGAGGAUGAGAUCUUCACGAUGCUGGUAGAAACCCUUGAUCCAGCGUCUACUGGAACAAUCCACAUCAACCAACUGAGGUGUCUGCUCGAGAAGUUCGGAGCCAGUGUAGCAGAUACGAGAUGGGCCCACUUUCAAAACGAACAUGCGCCCGAUGGCAGUGAAAAAUUCACAUAUGAACAGCUACGCGCCAUCCUAAGGAAAUGCAAGGAUUCCAAAAAUCAUGAACCAAGCAGUGAUGGACGACAUAGCGCGACUGAACGGGCUUAA